AUGGCUCCUAAUCGCAGAGCUUUCACGAUUGAAGAGAAAGGUGCCAUUAUAUGCAGACUGGAAAAUGGAGAGUCAAAUGCGGCACUUGCAAAAGAGUUUGGUGUUGGACAUUCCACAAUUUCAAUGAUUUUGAAAAAUAAAGAUAGAAUUGAGAAGUCUUUCAACUCAAAUGCUUUAAAAUCAAAGAGAGUUCGGGAGUCAACUCAGAAGAGACAUAGCAUUGUAGUGGGAAAAAUAAGUGGAGAAUCCGCGGCCGUUGAUAAAACUUCUGUCACUAACUGGUUGACGACUGUGUGGCCAAAUUUACGACAACGAUUUGCUGAUGACAAAAUAUUCAAUGCGGAUGAAACUGGACUUUUCUACAAAAUGAUGCCAGACAGAACUUUGAAAUUUAAAGGUGAGACUUGUACCGGUGGUAAGAUGCCAAAGGACAGAAUAACUAUGAUGGUAGCAGCAAACAUGAGUGGCACAGUAAAAAAGAAAUUGCUGGUAAUAGGGAAGGCGAAACAGCCGAGAUGUUUCAAAGGCGUUAAAUCGUUGCCAGUAGAUUACACGCAUAAUUCUAAAGCCUGGAUGACCUUAUCAGUUUAUGAGAAGUGGAUUCGUGAUUGGGAUAACGAACUAAUAAAAAAGAAUAAAAAAAUUCUAUUACUAGUUGACAACUGCCCAGCUCAUUCUCAGAUUAGUGGUUUAAAAUCUAUAACUCUUGCUUUUCUCCCAGCCAACACAACAUCAAUCCUUCAGCCUAUGGAUCAGGGCGUGAUUCAUGGAUUAAAAAGUCAUUUUAGAAAAAAUCUUGUGCUUCGUACUUUGGAACACUUGGAAGCUAAUGAAGACCUUUCUACUAUGAAGGUAACGGUGUUGGAUGCGAUAUUGCUAGCUUAUGAUGCAUGGAACAAAAUUUCACAGAAGACCAUUUACAAUUGUUUCAAGCAUGCAGGAUUGAACGAAAACAUUCGUAAUUUUCCAUCUUCUGAGGAUGUUACUGAAGACGACGUGCCACUGGCUUUGUGGGUCAAAGAUUUAAAUUGUAACUUACAAGUUUCGGACGAAAUGUGGAAUAAUUACGUUAAUGUCGAUAAAAGUGUCGUCUCAACGCAAGAAACUACAGUUGACACCAUCGUGCAGGAUGUAAUCAAUGAACAACAAAGUGAGGAAGACGAUGAAGAAAUUGAAGAAAACACAGUCAGUGAAAUUCCUACUGUAACCGAGGCAUUAAAAGCUGCUGAUUUGCUAUCCCACUUUGUCCAUAGUAGUUUAGACAGCGAUAGUAUUAAAAGCUCAAUGUCUAAGGUUCAUAAUGCUAUAAGAAAUCAUUUUUAUUCCCAUAAAGUGCAAAGGCAAACCAAAAUGAGUGCAUUUUUAUAG